UCCAAUCUUGCAGUUAAUGCACAGCCCGGACUCCGGCGCCUCUCCGGGAGCGGACCCAGGCUCGGAGCCUCGGACGCUGGGACAGGCCGCCCGCCGACCACGCCCGCCACGCGCGGGCCACCACGCCCCGCGCAGCAGCCGUCCGCCGCCCCGGGGACGCCCGAGCGGCUGCCCCCCGAGACCGAUGCCCGCCCGGAAGCCCCCGGAGACCCCCGGCUCCCCGAGGGCCCUGCAGACCCUCCCGCCCGGCCCUGGGCCCCCGCGACUCGAAACCAGCGCUCGCCGCCCUCUGUGCCAGCCCCAGCCAGGGGCCCACAGGGCAAGGCCCAGGAAGAUUGUAUUUGAGGAUGAGCUGCCCUCCUGGGCCCUUCUGGGCCCCAAGAAGUCUACUGGAACGAUCCCUGAGAGGCAUAUGCCCAGGCCCCACCCAGUGCCCGACUAUGAGCUUAAGUAUCCACCAGUGAGCAGUGAGAGGGAGCGGAGCCGCUAUGCAGCGGUGUUCCAGGACCAGUACACAGAGUUCUUGGAGCUCCAGCAGGAGGUGGGCUCUGCACAGGCCAAGCUCCAGCAGCUGGAGGCCCUGCUGAACUCACUGCCCCCGCCCCGAAGCCAGAAGGAAGCCUGUGUCGCUGCCCGCGUCUGGAGGGAAUUUGAGAAGAAGGAGACGGACAUCUUGGAAGAUGCUGACCCAGGGCAGAAAGCAGUCCAGCCUCCAAUAGGAGCCCUGCGGCCUCUCCAUCCCACUCGCACCCAGUCCCCUUCUGGGUGCAGGGCGCACCCACGAGACCCUCCUUCAUUCCACGGGAAGCAGCCUCACCCCCCAACCCUCCCCACCGCCCCCUCUUCCCAGGCCUCCUCCGAGAUGGACACGUGGGAGGCUGGGAGUGCUAAUGGGGAGAGCAUUUUGAGGCCUGGGACUGCCUUCAGGGCUGAGUGCCAGCCCUGACUGCAGGGUGACACCCAAGUUCUUCUCUCUGCUUCAAAAGGGCAUCUUUGAUGGACAACUUGUCUCUGCCUGGCAAGACCUCAGUCAGGACCAAGAGGUGCCACCCCACCACCACUAUCCUAGCGUGUUUUUUUUUUUUU